GAAGAAACAAAAAUUAUCGAUAAACCGCGAUAUUUUUGUUUAUUAACAUUUUCUUUUCUUAAUGGACUUAAAGAAUGAAAUUCUACAAACUGAAACUGGCAAGCAACUCUCCGAAUACCAGUUGAACUUGCUUAAAAAAAAUGGUAUUGAAACCAUUUCUGACUUUUAUGAAGAGGAUGAGGACAAACUUAAAGAACUACUAGCCAUAAGAAUAGAAACAUUGCGGGAGCUGAAGAGCGAGAUGGCGCUGCUGACAAACCCAUUUAAUGAGGAAUCUAUCCUGGAUAUCAACUAUGGAACUGGACUGGAAGAAUUAGACAAACUGCUUGUUAAUGUGGAACAGCAGUUCAAGCCGGGCAGAGUUUGGGAAAUAUGCGGUCCAACGGGAGUUGGUAAAACUCAAUUAAUGUACACUCUGAUGGUAAACUUUGUAUGGAAGCACAAUCUUCAAGCUCUGUUCAUCGAUCUUAAGAGGGAUUUCUCCAGCAAAAGGAUUGGGGAUAUGCUAGCUGCCCGCGAAACGGACAGUGGUAGCUGUGAGAGAGUACUGAAGGCCAUCCGAGUGGCGGAAGCAACAACCAGCAGAGAACUAAUUGAGAUGCUGCAAAACUUUUACCAACAACUGGCUGCCAGUAACAAGGAUGCCCAGCGAACAAAACUAGUUGUGAUUGAUUCGCUGCCAGAAUGUUUCUAUUCAUUCCGGGGCAAAAAGAUGGCUAUGCUUCGGAAAUCUUUGAUCACAGAGCUGGCCUGCAGCAUCAGGAAGCUAUCGGUUCAUGGAAUAGCCUUCGUCGUGGGAAAUAUGUCCUUUUUUCAAAAAGAAGAAGAAACUGUUAAUGAUGACGGCGAAGAUGACGGUGGCAGAAACGAAGAGGUUCCAGUGAAGAGGCAGUUGGACCCCAUGCUUGGCGAUCACUGGGGUUCUGUGUGUACGUUGAGGCUUUCUGUGGAAAUGCCAAUUGUAUGGUACGAUGAGCAAGGCGCUGACCGUACCAGCCGUACAACCAGUAAGGACAAUGGCAUUCGCUUGGUAAAUGUAAUCUCAAACACAUAUGGCCCAGUGGGUGGGAGCUGCCGGCUACGGAUCACAGAAGCAGGCGUAGUCUAG